UUAGUUCUAAUAAGGGAAGACAUUUUGGACCUAUGAAUAUGUAUCGUUCAGUAUAUUCUUUCUUCACACCCCAAUUCAUUAUGUGGCUGUGACGGGUACGAACAGUUCUUUUUUUUUUUUUUUUUUUUUUUUCUGUUGUACUAGGCUACAGCAGAAUGGUAACUCCCUUGUAAGACAAACUGGCGCACACAAAACGUGUUGUUGUUUUUUUUGGUUGUUUUUAUUUAUUUUAUUUUUUAAACCACAACAGAAAAGUGGAAGCGCUGUUGCUGAAAACCAAACACACUUCUUCAAAUAUACAAAAAAAGAUCGCACAUGGAGAUUUUGAUACGUUGCUACUAGCGAGCUCUGGGAAGCAUGCUUUUUGCCACUGGAUCCCAGCACCAGCCGGAGGUUCAGCCCCCCGUCCAGUAGCCUUCAACCCGUCCCUGUUAAAAUGAGCGAAGUGAGCCCGGCGACUGGGCAACAAGAGGCGGCUCCAGCGGUACCCAGACUUCGGGCGCACGAUAACCGUACCAUGGUAGAAAUCAUCGCUGAUCAUCCAGCAGAACUCGUGCGGACUGACAGUCCCAACUUUCUUUGCUCAGUCUUGCCGUCCCAUUGGAGGUGUAAUAAAACAUUACCCGUGGCAUUCAAGGUGGUAGCCCUGGGGGAGGUCUCUGAGGGGACGGUGGUCACAGUGAUGGCUGGUAAUGAUGAGAACUACUCUGCAGAAUUGAGAAACGCCUCUGCAGUCAUGAAGAACCAAGUUGCAAGGUUUAACGACCUGCGAUUUGUGGGAAGGAGUGGACGAGGCAAGAGUUUCACAUUGACAAUCACAGUAUUCACAAACCCACCCCAAGUGGCAACUUACCACCGAGCAAUAAAGGUUACUGUUGAUGGACCUCGGGAACCAAGAAGACACAGACAGAAGCUGGAUGACCAGCCGAAACCUGGUUUGUUUUCAGAGCGGUUGAGUGAGUUGGAGCGUCUUCGCCAGACCACAAUGAGAGUCAGUGUCCCGACACAAAACCCCCGAUCCUCUCUCAGCGCAGUGCCUACACCCUUUAACCCACAAGGCCAAACCCAGAUCUCAGACCCCAGACAGGCCCAGUCAUCUCCUCCCUGGUCGUAUGACCAAUCGUAUACACCUUAUCUGAGUCAGAUGACUUCACCAUCCAUACAUUCUACCACCCCGCUCUCCUCCACCCGAGCCACAGGGCUUCCUGCUAUCAGUGAUGUGCCAAGACGCCACCCAGGAGCUUCAGACUUGAGCCCGUUUUCAGACCCCCGGCAGUUUGAACGACAGUUCGCAGGCCUGUCCUCCCUCACUGAGAGCCGUUUCUCCAAUCCCAGGAUGCACUACCCAGCCACCUUCACCUACACGCCCACCCCAGUCACGUCAGGCAUGUCCCUGGGCAUGUCCACAACCACCCACUACCAUACCUACCUGCCACCUCCUUACCCUGGCUCCACCCAGAACCAAAGUGUACCCUUCCAAACCGGCAGCACCCCCUAUCUCUAUUACGGCUCUUCUGGAUCCUACCAGUUCUCCAUGGUGCCGGGGGGAGAUCGUUCCCCUUCCAGGAUGCUCCCGCCUUGCACUAGUGCCUCAACUGGCAGCUCCCUCAUCAACCCCAACCUUCCAAACCAAAACGACGUUGAUCCCGAUGGAAGCCAUAGCAGCUCACCAACUGUGUUAAACUCAAGUGGAAGGAUGGAUGAGUCUGUCUGGAGGCCAUAUUAAAACCAGACAAACUUCUGUGAGCCGUAAAGAACCAUCGGCUUUAGUGACCCAGAUAAUAUGAGAGCAGUAACAUUCAGCUUCGUAAUUUAAAAUGUAUGGUUUUUAAAGCACAAACCAAACUUAUAUUAAAAACCCUAUUUCAAGAAAGCAAUGUUAAACUACAAAAUUAACUAUAGCCUUAAUGGUACAAUUGUGAGAUUAUCUGCAAUGGUACUAGAUAUCAGAAUGUUCUCACAGCAAUAAAGAGGAAUAUGAGACUUUUUGAAAGAAUAUGGCAUUAUCAAAAUAUUUAUGGCCUUCCACUGCAAAUCCAACUGCUGAAAUUGCAAAUCAUGGGCAGGCCAUUAUAUUAAUAAGAACAGAUGGGCCAAGUGCUUCCAUUUGAUUGAAUUUGACUUGUGUUUGUCAUGUACAUAGAGUUGUGUUCUAUUUUAUAAUUGCUGUUUAGUUGAG